CUGCAGUCGUCAAAUUCUUCAUCAUCAAAAUCAUUUGGAACGUCCCCAGUAAAGACAAUAGUCGCCGCUAAACAGCUACCAAGCUAAUUUGUAAAGCAUAAUAUUACAGAAAAAAAUACAAAAAAAAAAUAACAAUGAACUUCAAUAAAGUCUUCAUCUUCUUGGCCGUUUUGAUCGCUAUUUUCGCAGGGCAAACAGAAGCGGGUUGGCUAAAAAAGAUCGGCAAGAAAAUCGAGCGUGUUGGUCAACACACAAGGGAUGCCACCAUUCAAGGACUUGCCGUGGCGCAGCAGGCCGCCAAUGUUGCCGCAACUGCCCGGGGCUAAGAAUAGUUAUGCUAUACCUUACCGUAAAGUGUUCACGAUUAUUUACUCUUUAAUACAUAUUUAUAAUUUAUUUAUUUUGACCUACAAUUAUAAAGUUUAUUUAUCAUAGUUUGCCAAUAAAUUUCUUACAUACAUACAUAUAUGUAA